AUUUUCAGCUCGAUGUUCCAAAGAAAUCUGCGAUCAUCCAUUAACAUUGGUGUUCCAAAUUUAAGUCUUGCACCAGAACAAAGCAGUGAUGAGGAGAAAAAGGAUCAGGUUCAAGGAUUUCAGAAGCAGGAAGAAGAGGGGUGGGAAACAAUCCCACUGCAGGGUCUAUCUGGAGCCUGCUUCUCUUGCCCUGUCUGCAAGGAUGUCUUCACCAAGCCGGUCACUAUCCCAUGUGGACACAACUUCUGCCUGGACUGCAUUACGCAAUACUGAGACCAGAGUGGUCUUGUCUUGUCUACUGUGCAGAAAAACUUUUCAAAACAGACCUGAACUUCUUGUUAACAGGCACUUUGAAGAAAUAAUCCAAAGUUUCAAAAAGGCCCAGAUCUAAUCUAACCAAAUCUACGCACUUCCUGGUGAUGUCUCCUGUGACUCUUGCACUGAAAGGAAGUUCAAAGCUGUUAAAUCCUGUUUGACAUGUCCUGCAUCUUUCUGUGAGGAGCAUCUCCAGCCUCACUUUGCAGCAUCAGCUUUGAAGAAGCAUUCUUAGGUGGAACCCGUGCACCACCUAGAAGACCAGAUAUGUACAAAGCAUACAAGGCAUCUGGAGCUGUUCUGCAGGAAUGACCAGACAUGUGUUUGCCUCAUGUGUUCAGUGACGAACCAUCGAAAUCACAACAUGGUCCAUAUCGAUGUGAAAUGGGCAGAGAUAGAGAAGCUACUCCUAAAAACUCAUGCUGAAAUACAAAAGACUAUUGCAGACCAACAAAAUAAACUUGAGCUCCUAAGGAAAGAGGUGGAAUCAAUCAAGAAUGCAGCACAAAAGGAGAUCAUGGAGAGUGGGAAGAUGCUGGAUGAGCUGAUCUGUAUCAUCAAGCAAACAAGGGUGCAGAUAAUUGGGAUGAUUGAGAGGAAGCAGCGGUCAAAUGUGAAGCAGGUGACUGACACAAUUGGACAACUAAUGCUAGAGAUACAAGAACUGGAGAGGAGGAAUGGAGACAUCGAGCAGCUCCUCAAGACAAAAGAUCACAUCUGUUUUCUUCAGAAAUACCAGCCCCUCUGCACAUUUCCACAGACGAGAGACUUCCCAGUGUCCCCUAAGAACACAGACUUCCUACUGAGUGUCACCCAGAAGGCCUUCCUUGACUUCUUCAACCAUCUCCGAGUCGAUGUGGAGAAAACUGCAGAUCUGGUAAUGGACAGAAUGUGCAAAUAUGCUGGUAUGUUUUUUUCCUUUCUGUUCUGACUAUCAAAAUAUGUGAUUUUUAAUUAAAAAUGACAAAUCCUUAAAACGCCUACUUCAAGUAAUUUGAUGCUAUUUGGCAGCUGUGUUCUGUUUUUCAUUUUGUGGCUUUCUGUGCGUUUCAUUAUGCAUUCUUUAUUCAGAAAGCAUUCAUGCUUUCUACUAAUACAGUAUUUGACCACACAGAAAUAUGACUGUUGUUGAGAUUGCAUCUUUUCAUUUUAUUGAGACAUGUUACAUUUUUUAAUGUGCAGCCCACUAGUUUUGUCAAAAGUAAAGGUGCUAUAAAAAUUAACUUAACUUAACUUACUUACAGACAGUCCAUUUGUACAUGCCUGCUGUCUACUCUCGUGUCUACACCUGUGUUACUCGUUUUCUCCAGAUGGAAAUCUGAAACAAAAGUUAAAAAGGAUAUCUCACAUGGUUUUGGACACCAAUAUUCCAU